AGACGGGAGCUCAGAAGACUAGCACUGCCGGCUUUUGUACCAUGGUGUGUUUGCCAUGGAGUGUGCCAGAGAUGGUGCAGCAGGUGACGCGGCUAAUCUUCCGUCGCGCGCAGGCCGAGGUGAAGCAUGCUCCGCUAACACCUGUUAAGCGUUAUCAUGCGGAAUCAGACGACUACGACGUCACCACUGCGGCGGUGAUUGAAAUUCCUGCGCAAGAGGUGCUCCGAGCAAAGUGCCGGCAGAUCAAUGCGCUGCUGUCGCGAGUUGAGGCUGGAGGAGAGCGAGCUUUGUUGGCCCACUACCUGAAGGUAGCAAACGAGCUUCAAGGGGAGCUACAGGAGCUUCGGCAAAGCUUCGCAAAGCCGAUGGAGCAUUGUCACUCGUCCUCCAGCAUGUCAACCUGCGAGAGCGAGGCGGAUUCGGCGGACAAGUCUGAGCUCCCAAGGCGCCGCAGCGGCUCAAUGGAGUCGCUGUCCCUCGACGAGUGGUCGAUGGUGAAUUGAGGCGUCGCCGGCCGGCUCUUACGAGAAGCUUUUGCUCUCGCGAUGUACCGGGCCCCGGGCCAGGCACAACUAGUUGUUUUUGCUGGGCACAGCCUACGGCUGGAACAAGGUCCGUGCAGCUGGUUGCAACAUGCAUGGCUCAUUUCGACCGUCUUUGCACUUUGGUCAAGCGGGGGCGACCCUUCGCCCGCCCAUGGGGGUCCGCUUGGAAUUCACUUGCUUGGCCCUUGUCACCCGGCCGAACUCUUGAGGCUCUGCGAUGCAGACCGCGUGACACAUGCCACUACGUGGAAUUUCACAGUGUCUUGAAAGUGGAUUCGGCGUGCCGCGUCACGCUGGGCAGUGCACGAUGGCCGGGGU